GCUGGACCUUGACUGCCCAGUCUCUCCCUGGUCUCUCCACAGAACCAGCCUCCUCCCCAGCUCAGCAGACAUGUCUAGCCUCCAGGAGCUGUGCUCUGGCCUGCCCCUGCGGCCCCUCCCAGAGAACCGGGGACGUUGGGCUGGGGUACCCCAUGCCCCAGUCAGGACCCCUGGCCUCAGCCCUGCCGAGGAGCAGCUGGCACUAAGGAAUGCCCUGCGCUACUUCCCCCCGGACAUCCAGAAGCUGCUGGCCCCCGAGUUUGCCCAGGAGCUGCGACUCUAUGGGCACAUCUAUAUGUACCGGUUCUCCCCCCGCAUUGAAAUGAGGGCCUACCCAGUGCAGCAGUACCCCUGCCGGACGAAAGCUGCAGCAGCCAUCAUGCACAUGAUCAUGAACAACCUGGACCCUGCCGUGGCCCAGUUUCCCCAGGAGCUCGUGACCUACGGAGGAAACGGACAGGUGUUCAGCAAUUGGGCUCAGUUCUGGCUGACGAUGUCCUACUUGUCACAGAUGACAGAGGAGCAGACCCUGGUCAUGUACAGCGGGCACCCACUGGGCCUCUUUCCGAGCAGCCCUGGAGCCCCACGGCUGGUCAUCACCAACGGGAUGGUCAUUCCCAACUACUCCUCCAGAGAAGAGUAUGAGAAGCUCUUCGCCAUGGGGGUUACCAUGUAUGGCCAGAUGACAGCAGGCAGUUAUUGCUACAUCGGUCCCCAGGGAAUCGUCCACGGCACAGUGCUCACUGUGCUGAAUGCGGGACGGCGGUACCUGGGCGUUGAGGACCUGGCUGGGAAAGUCUUUGUCACCUCUGGACUGGGCGGAAUGAGUGGGGCUCAGGCCAAAGCCUCUGUCAUCGUGGGGUGCAUCGGUGUGAUCGCAGAGGUGGAUAAAGCAGCCCUCAUGAAACGCCAUCAGCAGGGUUGGCUGAUGGAAGUGACCGACAGCUUGGACCAGUGCAUUAAAAGACUCAGGGAAGCAAGGAAAACAAAGGAGGUGCUCAGCCUUGGUUACCAUGGGAAUGUGGUGGACCUGUGGGAGCGCCUGGUCCAGGAAUUAGACAAGACGGGGGAGCUCUUGGUAGACCUGGGGUCGGACCAGACAUCCUGCCACAACCCAUUCAAUGGAGGAUAUUACCCUGUGCAGCUCGGCUUUGCAGAGGCCCAGAGCCUCAUGGCCUCCGAUCCUGCCACAUUCAAGAAACUGGUCCAGGAAAGCCUGAGGAGGCAGGUCUCGGCCAUCAACAGGCUGGCCAAGGAGAACUUCUUCUUCUGGGACUAUGGCAACGCCUUCCUCUUGGAGGCCCAGAGAGCAGGAGCUGACGUGGAGAAAAAAGGCGCCGAAAGGACCGAGUUCCGCUACCCCUCCUACGUCCAGCAUAUUAUGGGGGAUAUAUUCUCCCAGGGCUUCGGGCCUUUCCGCUGGGUGUGCACAUCCGGGGACCCUCAGGACCUGGCGGUCACCGAUCAGCUGGCCACAUCUGUGCUGGAGAAGGUCAUUGCUGGCGGAGUGAACCCUGCUGUGAAGCUGCAGUAUAUGGACAACAUUCGCUGGAUUCGGGAGGCUGCCAAGCACCGGCUGGUGGUGGGCUCCCAGGCAAGGAUCCUGUACUCAGACCAAAAAGGCCGUGUGGCCAUAGCUGUGGCCUUUAACCAAGCCAUCGCCCAUGGGAAGAUCAAGGCCCCGGUGGUCCUGAGCCGAGACCACCAUGAUGUGAGCGGCACAGACAGUCCCUUUAGGGAGACCUCCAACAUCUAUGACGGCUCUGCCUUCUGUGCAGACAUGGCCGUGCAGAACUUCGUGGGCGAUGCCUUUCGAGGAGCCACCUGGGUCGCUCUUCACAACGGUGGGGGCGUGGGCUGGGGUGAGGUGAUGAAUGGUGGGUUUGGCCUCGUGCUAGAUGGGACCCAGGAGGCUGAGCAGAGGGCCAAGAUGAUGCUUGGUUGGGACGUCUCCAAUGGAGUGGCCCGCCGCUGUUGGUCCGGGAACCAGAAGGCCUAUGAGAUCAUCUGCGAGACGAUGCGGGAGAACAAGGGCUUGGUGGUGACACUGCCACACCAGGUGGCAGACGAGCACAUGCUCCAGCAGGCCUUGCGGCCAUGAGCACCGAGAGCCGGCCACGGUGCCCUCAUGUUCCCCCCUUGUCCCCUGUCCUCAUCCUCACAGCCACACCACAUCUCUCGCUGCACACCUUCCUCUCCUGGGUCAGCAGGUCCACACCCAUGCCCUCAUGGGGCCUCACAGCACCCUAGAGAGUGGGCUGUUGCUGUCCCCAUUCCACAGAUGAGCCAGCUGAGGCCCACAGAGGUGGGGCCAUUUCUCCAAGACCAGGUCGCUCCCCUGAGAACCUGGGAGGGCAGUGAAAGUCUUGUUUGGGGCUAUAGGAGCUUUGGAGGUAGGCGUGUCGUGAAUACUGGCUGAGCUGGGCAUCAACUAAGUCCCUUCUCAGCCUCCUGUCAUUCCUUUUCCUAAGAAGGGGCGGGCUUUCCUAUGGGCAGGUUUUUAAUCAAUCACCGUCCCUUGCCCACCUUCCAGCCAUCCAUGCAGCUCUCUUUCCAUCUGCUAGCCCAGUGGUCGGCAAACUCAUUAGUCAACAGAGCCAAAUAUCAACAGUACAACGAUUGAA